AUGGAUCAUAUGAAUUCAUUUGAUUCCCCGGUUCUUUCACGGGACCCGAAUGUGGUUCAGGAGAUAUUGAAUAGUGUGGAAGAACGGUACUACUCGAUGACUUUCGAUUCAGGCAAAUACGAGAUCGAAAGUCUUGCCGGACCGUCCUGCCGAGAAUUGUCCAAACUGAAGAUACGAUUACUAUUUUUGGACAAACAAAACAAAGCUGUAUCACGGCGUGUCUCCGAAUUGGUCCUCGAGAAGCAUCCAAUGUAUGAAGCUGAACUGAAUGGCGUGUUAUCAUUGCAAGCAGACAACUGGGAAACACUGGCCCUGUGCCGCCGGAUCCGCAGACCGAUUCAUGUAAAGUUGCAAGCUUUCGGCAUGCGCAUUGAGGAUUUGUUGGACGCGGAACUGCAAAUGAACUGUGAUAAUUUCUCCGAACAAUCCUACUGUACCGUACAACAAGCAUUUGAACUUCUUGGGAGCACGCAGACCACUUUUGCUCAAAUGCAGAUGCACUUCAUCGCUUCGAUCCAACGUCGCACUUUGACAAUCGUCCAGUCGUUUGUUUGCCCGUCCGCCGAUGAUUCCGAACAGCCAUGCUCGAGUCGGGAUUAUGCGGACAUGUGUCUG